AUGGUGUAUAGAUCUGCUAUAUGGUGCUUACUGGCGUUUACACUAAGCGCGUUAGCCCUGCCAAACAAAGAUGAGUUCAAAGUUGCAAGUGAAUUGCUUCCCGGAAUUUCAAGUAUCGACAGGGACUUGGUUCCUGAAAUGUAUGCGGGUCAAUUGGCGCUUAGCGAGGUUGCCGACAUCAACCGUCGUUUGUUUUUCUGGAGAUUUUCUGAAAAAGUUCCUGCGCAGGGUAGCAGCGACACUUUGAUAUUAUGGUUAAACGGUGGCCCAGGAUGUUCUUCUAUGGACGGUGCGCUACUAGAAUUGGGUCCUUUCAGGGUUAAUGACGAUGGACAUUUGUAUCCUAACCCUGGAUCAUGGCAUACAAAGGGUGAUAUUUUGUUUGUAGACCAACCUGCAGGAGCGGGGUUUUCGGAGUUAGGUAACGGCUGGUACUUGGACAAUCUAAACAGUGUUACCACUGAGAUGAUAACUUUCUUAACUAACUACUAUACCGUGUUCCCAGAGGAUCGCAAGAAGAAAUUGAUUAUUGCCGGGGAAUCGUAUGCUGGGCAAUAUAUACCUUACCUUGCUGACGGGAUUCUAAGCAGCAAAAAGCUAGAUGAAGAUGGAAAUGCCUUCUUCCCGCUAGAAUCUAUCAUGAUAGGUAACGGUUGGAUAGAUCCUCAGCACCAGAGUUUGUCUUAUCUCCCCUUCUUGGAAGAAAAAGGCAUCAUUACCUCAAGAACUCCCCGUUACAGGUCGCUACUGGAGAUGCAAGAGGCAUGCCGGAAUUCUGUUCUUACACCAGAGCAACCUUUCCUCACUGACGAGUGUAAUAACAUUUUCGGUGCAAUUAUACAAGCAACAAGAGACGUUCGCCAGGCUGAAAAUAGGCAGUGUAUCAAUAUCUAUGACUACACUUUGAGAGAGCCUUACCCUUCAUGUGGAGCAAACUGGCCUCCAGGAGUACAUAAUAUACCAAAGUUCUUCCAAUUGCCAGGCGUUAAGGAUGCUCUCCAUAUUACUGUCAACCCUGAAAGGUUAUGGGAAGAAUGUAAUGUCGAUGUGUUUGACCACUUGACGAAUCCUAAAGUCAGUCCCGCCGUUGAGCUAUUACCAAAACUUUUGAAUUGUGGUUUGGAAAUUUUACUAUUUAAUGGUGAAAAUGAUGUUAUCUGUAACAAUCUGGGGGUGGAAGCACUCAUAGCUAAUUUAACAUGGCAAGGUGAAACAGGGUUUUCCAGAAACGCGGAUUAUUACGACUGGGUAACUGAGGAUGCUACUACUCAUAUUAGGGACCCCGCCGGUUUUGUUAGGAGAGAAAGAGGUUUGACAUUUGUAUCAGUUUACAAUGCCUCGCACAUGGUUCCCAUUAAUAUCGGUCCGGUCGGGACGGGAAUCUUUGACAUCUCUAGAAAUCAUGUAAGUUUUGACAGAACCGCUGAUAACUUGCCAGCAAUAAUUACUGUUGCUAACGGCAGGCACCCAGUGGUCACUACUCUAGUCAAGAGGACUCUUGCCGCUGUUGCAGAAACUUUAGGAUCUAAAUAUGCUGGAUUCGUCAAAGCGGAAGAAGCACCUAUCGCUGGAAACACGAAAGGUGGCAGCCUCUUCAAAUUCGUUGCCAUAGGCCUAAUUCUUGUAACUGCCGCGUGGGCCGCCGUAUCCUACUCGCUGCGUCAACACUUAAAGAUGAAAAAGAACAUAUUCCUCAUCCUAGGAAAACAGAUAAUGGUACGCAACGUAGGAUCUACUUAUAAUGAUCUAGAAGGAGGUGUCGAAGUCAGGGUCGAUUCCAAUAAAUUUUAA